AGAGCUGAGAGACUGUACGCUCCCCGGGAAGAGGAAAGAAGGCUGCAGCAGCCACAGCAGCAGCAGCUGUUGCUGGGGGGCCGCGGGAGCCCACGACGUUGCCUAGUCCCUGGCCGCAGCUGCAGCCCUCCAACUAGGUAUUUAGGAGAGUAAGAGGGAGAAAGGAGAAGCAGCUGCAAGCAGCUGCUGGGCGGCCUGGUGCCCCGACUCACUCCAGGACAAGAUCUCCUCCAUCAGUUCAGAACAGAUGCCCUCUUAAUCCGGGGAGGAGGAGCAGCGGCGGCUGCUGAAGGCUGAUGAGCACACCUGCCCCCGCCACCGGCCAGCGUCACAGAAACCCAUCUCUCCACCUGCCAGGAAGAUUUCCAGGCUUCAGAAAAAGAAACAAACCCCCCAAACCCUCUCUCAUGUUAUCAGAAUCUUGCUAAACCAUGGCUUUGCUCCUCUGCUUACUGCUGUUGCUGGGGCUGAGUGGAGGUCCUGUCUCCGAGGGGCACUCGGUGCACAAGACAACUGUUGGCACUUUGGAUCUGGGCUCCUUACCUGCCAUAAACUAUGAAACGAAUGUACAUGUCGAGCCUGGACCAAUAGAGAUUUUGUUUCGCAUCGUCAAGGCCUUCCUUUUUGUGGUGCAGCCCAAUCCUUUCCCUGAAGACCUCAUCAGAAAGUCUAUUCAACUACAGUAUAAGGACACAAAGAGUAAUUCUCAGCAGCCAGAACAUACAGUCUUGGCACUAAAGAUUGUCUACUAUGAAAUCGGCUUUAUUAUUCUGGCCGGCCUGGGAUUGCUGUUUAUCUUCCUUCUCCCUCUUGUGGGGCUGUGCUUCUGCAUGUGCCGUUGCUGCAACAACUGUGGAGGAGAGAUGCAUCAGAGGCAGAAGAAAAAUGGUGAAUGUCGCAGGGGCUGCUUUGCUGCAUCACUCUUGGUGGUUUCCUUGAUAAUGAGUCUUGGUGUUCUGUGUGCUUUUGUCGCAAACCAGCACCUCACUACCCAAGUUCGAGGAGCCCGGAGGCUAUUAAACAGUAAUUUUAAAGACAUGAGAGCUCUUCUGACUGAUAUUCCAAUGCAAAUUGAUUAUCUAUUAAACCAAUAUGAUGCGCCAAAGAAUAGAGCACUGUUAGAUCUUAAUAAUAUCGGACCAUUGCUUGGCGGUCGAGUUCGAGAUCAAUUAGGAAAACGAGUCCUUCCAGCUCUUGAUGCAGUUCUAACUAUGGCAGGAGCAAUCCGGGAAACCCGAGAGGCAUUAGAAAAUGUGAGUGCUUCGUUGGAGGUCCUGCAGGAGGGGACCAACAGGCUCAGUGUUAACCUGACAGAUGCCAAAGAGAAUCUGAGAAAUACCCUCCGUGAUGCUGCCUGUUCCAUGGCUGAGGCCACCUCUACCUGCAAUGUUAUUAGAAAUUCCUUAAACCAGCUGAGUAUCAACGCCAACUUCAGUCGGCUUCUACCAGUGACCUCACAGCUUGCCAAAGUCAAUGAAGUUCUUAAAAUUGAUUUAACCAGCCUGGUCCAAAAGGGCUAUGCAGCAUUUAAUGAUACGCCUGAUUUGGUGCAGAAUCAAACCAAGAAUAUUCUGUCAGCCCUUCCUUAUGUCAAAAGUGUUUUGGAUUCCAUUGGUACAAAUAUCACUGUUUUAAUAAAGAAGCUUCCUAUUCAGGAGAUCCUAACAAAUUCCAUGAUUUAUCUUACCCAGACUGAGACAUAUGUUGAAGAUUAUUUCCCAUUAGUUGAACAAUAUGAUUUCUAUAGGUGGCUGGGUUGUUUAAUCAUCUGCUGUUUGCUGGUCUUGAUUCUGGUCUUUUACUACCUGGGAUUAUUAUGUGGUGCCUGUGGUUAUAGCAAGCACACGACUCCUACCAACCGUGGCUGUGUAUCAAACACUGGAGGCAACUUCCUCAUGGCUGGAGUUGGAUUCAGUUUCCUGUUUUCCUGGGCACUGAUGAUCAUAGUGGUUUUGACAUUUCUUUGGGGCGGAAAUGUAGAAAAAUUGGUCUGUGAACCCUUUAAAGAAAGGACUAUUUUUCAGGUUUUGGAUACUCCUUAUUUACUCAAUGAACAAUGGAAUAGCUUUCUUGCGGGUCUCCUGUUUCGAAAGCCUGAUGUUAAUCUCACCUUUGAACAAGUUUAUAGUGACUGCAAGGAAAAUAAAGGCAUUUAUACCUCUCUGCAACUUGAUAAAUUCUACAGUAUCAGCAAUUUUCUGACCAUUAGUCAGUAUACUGAAGAUCUAACGAUUAAAUUUGAAAGUAUUAAAAUAAACCUUAGCAGCAUUGUUUUACUGGAUGAAGUAGGAAAAGAGAACCUCAUAAAUUUCAGUUACUCAGGAAUAGACGGAAUCGAUUUUGCAGCUUACUUGGCUGAGGUCAAUAAAAGCAUAACAAAAGUGGAUCUUUUAUCAUUUGCCAAUGACUUAGAAGCAAGAGCAGAACAGUUGCCCAAAGGAGCUUUGGAAAAUGCCCUGAAAGGGCAUGCAAGCAACAUUCGAAUGAUCCAUCAUCAACAUGUGAUCCCUAUGGAGCAAGAAAUGAAAUAUGUUAAAGCCAGGAGCACUUUAAAUCAGAGUAUCAGGUUAUUACAAAAGACAGCAACCGAACUUAUGGUUAAAGUCAAUCAUGUCAUUUCCAUCGUGAAUGCUGCUCAGUUCCUCCUUAACAAUAAUGCUUCCUCUAUUAUUAUUGAGGAAACUAAGAAGUACAUGGAUGUGAUCAUAGGCUACUUUGAACAGUAUAUUCAGUGGGUCAAAGAUUCGGUCACCAUGGAUGUGGCAGCCUGCAAACCCCUUGCCAACAUUGUAGAUACUGCCAUCGAGGUGUUUCUAUGUAGCUACCUAACUAACUCUGUGAACACAUUCUGGUUUGGCUUGGGAGCUGCCACAGUAUUUUUAAUUCCUGCUAUAAUUUUUGCCGUAAAGCUAUCCAAAUUUUAUCGUCGAAUGGAUUCAGAAGACGUGUAUGAUGAUGUUGAAACUAUACCCAUGAAAAAUAUGGAAAAUGGUAAUUAUGGUUAUCAUAAAGAUCAUUUAUAUGGUCUUCACAAUCCUGUUAUGACAAGUGCCACAGGACGGUGGUAGAAGAGUUUGAAAUUGGAUGAGCCUCAAGAUACUUACAUGGAAGAAAACAUAGAAUUCUACCUAUAUUGGGGAUCUAUAAGCACCUUUCAAAGCCAGUAUGGUUUUUGAUGGCUUCCUAGUCACACAGUUUUAAAUCAACAGACCAUAAGACAUGACAUGGAAUGCUCUGAUAUGAACUAAUAAAUGGUGCAUUUCAUGACUAGAGCUCUAUCACUGGUACAUUCACUGGUUGACCACUGUUCAAGGCUAAUGCCACUGGAUUUUAAAUUUGGGGGGUGGUGUAUAGUUUUUGGUUUUUACUUUUUUACACUGGGUUUCUAUCUCAAAAUCACCCAUACCUGUUUAUUGGCUCUGUUUAAUGGUUUUUCGUGGAACAACUGCUCAUGUGUGAUUGUUCCAUUUUAUUACAUGGAAAAUGCAUUAAACUGACAACGUUUACAUUUAAAAUACAUUUUAU